UUUGGUCCCGGUUAGGUUAAGUGAAGCGGUAUGCGUUUGCAUUUCAUUAGGUAUGUUACCCUAGACUAAAAAACCUAUGCACAAUUAUUUCUCAUCACACCCGUAUAUAAAUGCUGAACCUCUACUGUGAUUAUCUCGAGGGGAGGCUGUGAGUGAGAGGAGCUGAGAGGAGCACUAAUCAACGAACCAGAACAGAGUCAGCCAUGCCUUUCAGACGUUAUGUGGAAAUUGGGCGAAUUGCUCUUAUCAACUAUGGCCCAGACUAUGGCAAGCUUGUUGUGAUCGUGGAUAUUGUUGACCAGAAUCGGGCUUUGGUGGAUGCACCCAAAAUGGUGAGGUGCCAGAUGAACUUCAAAAGGCUCUCUUUAACUGAUAUCAAAAUUGACAUCCCUAAGAUACCAAAAAAGAAAGUCUUGAUUGAGGCUAUGGAGAAAGCAGAGGUUCAGAAGCGAUGGGAGAAUAGUUCAUGGGGAAGGAAAUUAAUUGUGCAAAAGCGAAGAGCUCAAUUAAAUGACUUUGAUCGGUUUAAAGUCAUGCUUGCCAAGAUUAAGAGAGGAGCAUUAAUCAGGCGCGAACUUUCUAAGUUGAAAAAGGAGAACUCUGCUUGAACCAUAACUGGUUUUACCUUUUUUGUAGACGGAUAAUAUUUUUAGUUUCUGUGGGUUUCCAUGAGGAUAUGAACAAAUGCGAAGUAACUGUUUUAUUUUGAGUUUUCAGAGGCUAGCUAAUCCAAAUUAGCUGUUAUUCCUUUCAGUGUUCUUUGGACAUGCAUAUUAAACUGAUAAUGCCAAUGUCUUUAUUAAAGAUAACUGAGCUAUAGGGAUAUGUGGCAAGAAACAUGGGCAUUAAUUAUUUCAAAAUUUAGAAUAUAUUUUAUGUCUUGUAGUUUUAACUCAA